AUGGCCGUCCCGUCUGAGAACCCAGUCGCGGCAGCAAACUUAUCCCUUGUGUUCAACCGACCCCUGCAAAGUGAUCCCGCGACUGAAGCUUUACGACUGGCGUUGCUAGGUGUCGCAGCAGUGCAUCAGUCCUUCCAGCUAGGCCGCGGUGGUACCUCCCCGGACGCUUCUGCCGACAUGCUGCAUCAAGCUCAAAUUUAUCGGACGGAGUCCAGGCGUUGGUUAGCAGGUGCUUGUUCUACAGUCGAUGGUUUGCAAAGCGACGCUGCGCUCUCAGCGUCGCUGAGUAUUGCUCUCAUCGAUAUAUUCACCGGUGGCCACCAGUGGAUCACGGAUUUAAAUGUAGCCAAAAGCCUAGUAAAGACUCGUGGAGGCCCGUCCGCUCUACUGGCUCGACGCAUCCCCUCCAGACCGGGCACUGUGACCGGUACUUCGCGUGCCAGGCUGCUGCUGGAGAUUCUGGCAGUUUACGAUACUUUUGGAUGCCUAGCAACAGGUAGAGAACCGACUAUCCUGGGCUCUGGUACCGUCGAUUGGUGGUCCGUCUGUAGGCACGACGACUCUAUCGCCCACUCUCAUAUCGAACAUGUAUUCGGGAUUUCGAGAACUCUGGUACCCAUCUUGGCCCAGGUCGUGUCAUCUGUUGCGCGGACUUUGAGUGGUAAAUCCCGCAUAGUGGAACUUCCAGAUGGCGUCAGUUCGCCGGAGAACGAGAUGGCGGAAUGUACCGCCCUCUAUAACCUUCUCGAUAACUGGACGCCCCCGGAAGGAGAUACUCCCGUACGUGUGCAAACGGGGAACGCCAUAUACAUCAAUACUGCCAAGAUUGUCCUGCUCAGAGACGUCGGUCUCGUUUCCGCUACUGAUCCCUUAGUGCAGCAAUGCAUGGAGGACAUUCUCUCCCUUUGCUUUCGUUGCGCAGAAAAUAAGCUCAGCGUCGACUUGAACUGGCCCGUGAUCAUCGCAGCUUCACAUGCCUUCGGGACGUAUCGGCGGCAGGUUUUGGAACUCUUAGAGGCUUUCAGGUUCGUGUUCUGUUGCUACGAGGUCGACACCGCCGAGCAGAUUGUGCUAGAGGUGUGGAAACGCCUGGAUCAAAAUCUGCCAGGCGCGAAUUGGCGGGCUGUCAUGAAAGACCUGAAUCUGGAUGUACUGAUACUCUGAAGCUGCGACUACGACCACCAGGAAGAAGGCCGUUAAUUUAUUUGCGUUCCCAAUCCAUCGGUACUAUUUCUUUCUCUCCUCAUCUCGUUUUUCUCAAUGUGCUCGCUGCGAAGUUUACCUUAAAGUUAUAAUGUUUCAACCUGUACCACUGCAAAUAGUCGAAUUGUUCUACAACUGCUAUGUCCGCCCAUUCAUCUGUGUCCUUGACUAAAU